AUGAAUUUUCCACCCGUGCGCUUUGAAGAAAGAGUCAGAUGGACCCUGAGCGAGCGUAAAUUUAGAAGUUCGGACGAGAGUCAAAUAUAUCUCGUCAUUCUAGAUGAUGGUCAGUUCUCAAUUAUGAUCGUUGUGACGGGGUUGAGAGUAGCAUUGUCGUCUCCUGAGACAAAGGCAGUGCUGACUGGGGAGCCGGAGGGCGACGCCACUCCAUGCAUGCAUGUAUGUAUUGCAUCAACAGUGACGGUGGGAAAGGCUGGGAGGGGAUGCAGUCCCCGCCUCAAAUCAAAAGCAAAGCCUUUUGUUACCUUGAGAGAAAAUGUAGAUUGA